GUGUCCAAUCAGAUUUCAGUAUUUAGAAGUAAUCAGCACUGGCAAGGUAACGCAGCACUGGCAAUCGACAAAGAGGCAUGGCGUCCGAGGAAUUUGUUACUAAAAUAAACACAGGGCAGCAGGCACGGCAGUAGAGGCGAUGCAUGUGACAAUGUAAGGAGAUGAAAAGUAGAGUAGGCACCACUAGCUUGUUCCCUUCUCAAUCAUCUGCUUCCGCUCUCCUCUCGCCACUACGCUCUACUUCGCCGAUGAGGCCGCCGGACGGCAGCUCUUCGUCGUCCGGGCCGCACGGCAAGCAUGAGCUGCAGCCGGAGGUGGUUCUCUACACGGCGUCUGCGUCGGCGUCGCGCCGCAGAGGGCAAACCUCGGCCGACCGCUGCUACGCCUUGCGCGCCCUGCUGCGUGGCUACGGCCUGACCAUGGACGAGCGCGACGUCUCCACCAGCAGAGCACACCACAGCGAGCUCAAGUCGUUGCUUGCGGCUCGGGGGUGCGCCUUCUCCCUGCCGCAGCUCCUCGUGGGUGGACGGCCCGUGGGCGGCCCUGACCAUGUGAGGAAGCUGCACCAGACCGGCGGGCUGCGGCACCUCCUCGACGCCGCCCCAAGGCCGUGCCGCGCCUUCGUGUGCCAAGCCUGUAAGAGGGUGGGAUCCGCGCCCUGCCCAAAGUGCAGCCAGGCCCGCAACAAGAUGCUGGAUCAUGGCGUUAUGGAGGAGGAGCAGGAGGAGGAGAGGGUCGUCCUUUUUUAUCCAACCCAAGGUCUUAUCUUCUACCCACCUGAUGUGACUCAGCAUGACUCGACAGGUCUUAUCUUCUAUCCAACUCUCUCUCUCUCUCUCUCGCCUCUCUCUUUCUUUCAUUGUAAGGGUCUUCUUGCUCUUGCAGUAAUCAUGAGAGAAUUGUGGCCAUGACAUGGUAGUACUAUUUUUCCAAUUUAUCUCAAGCCUUUAUAUGCUUUAAUAAUCUUGAAAGUCGGCGCCCACCCCUCGGAGCUCACUUCAGUACUCUAACAAUUGGAAAAACGAGACUGAGCUAGCCGUACUAGUAUAUGUGAAUGUAAUACUACCUCGUUUACCAGUUAUUCUCGUAUUUCGAGUCAUGCUUUGAUUAUUUAUAAUGUUACUGAAUACUAAAUAUAAUAUUAUAAUAUUAUUGGAAAGUAGCAUCCAACAAUUAAUAUUUAUUUAAAUUUUGCUGCUUAAGUAGUAGUACCAUUUUUCUGGUUUAUAGGGCUUAUCUCAAAACUAUCGUUUUUCCGUUUUAUAUGUAAGUCUUAUUUUUAUUGCUUCCAAUCACAAGCUCAGAUAUCAAGGUGCGUUAAAUCAAUGCAUGUAAAGAUUAAAAAAAAUCAUCAAUCCAUGUAAAAGUUUUUAGUUAUUUAUUGAUAAAGCGUGCAUGCGUUGCAAUUAAUGCAUUGGUAAACAUAA